GAAUGCAGUUGUGGCUACCUUCACCCAAAACAUUGACCAAUAAAACUACAAAAAUAUUUUGUGACAAACAUGUCAAAUUUUUGAUAUUUAUUUAACUUGAUGUAUUAUUUAUUAUGGCCGAAGGUGAUAAUUUCCCAAACGACCGGCAUAGCAGGCACUUGCAAGAGUCAGCAGAUUCAGACCACUCCGAUUCCGAAUCGAUGCGAUUAGAUUUAGGAAUAAACCAUUCGCCGAGCUAUGUAAAUGGAGCUGGCACCUCGAAUGUAAAUGAAACUCCAAAGAGAGAGGACAACCCAUUUUCUUUUAAACAUUUUUUACGUAGCGAUGUAAAUAACUAUCAAAAUCAAGGCGCGAGGCCUAAGGUGUAUUGCGAUGGGCGUCCCAUAUCUUCAAUAUCAGAUCUUAACCUACACAAAUCUAACGCUAAACAAAUGAGAAUCGUACCGGAGUUUUCGUCGGCUUUGCCGGACUUUGUUCAAGAUCAUUUAGUAGUAGAGCAGUGCUAUUCGGAGGAUACGAAUAAUUUUAAUUUAGAUUUAAACAAUUUACCCGACUUUGCCGUACCGCACGGACACUGCAGCCAUUUAAACGGGGAAUCAAGUCGAAGUACAGGUAGACACGUUAAAAAUGUACCUUUGGAUUUACCCGUGCGACCGUCGGUCGGUUUUCCUCUAGAUUUACCUAUUGCUGAUCAUCAACCUGCCGGAUCUAGGAGCUGUCCUACUUCGGUCGAGGUGGCCGGGUCAAAAAGUUUGCCCGACUUCUUAACGGAUGGCGCUGUGCGUUCGCAAGGAAGUGACGACAAUCAAAUAAACCACAGUCCCGAAUCCGAGAUAGAUAGGUUGCGCGUAGAGGUAGAGUCCUAUAGGCAGCAGUUGGCCGAACAAAAUAGGCGCGUUGAGCAGUUACAGCUUCAGUUAGAUGCAGCUAGGAAUAAGGAGCAGGAGUAUACCAAAAAUCUCGUCAAGGCACUCGAGCAUGUCGAAGAGAGUUUGGAUAGAAGUAAUCAAAGGGCAGCCUCAGCGGAAAGUAUUAUAGCAAAAUUGAGACAAGAAAUUAGGUCAUUAAAGGGCGAGAUUAAUCGGUUACGUGACGAAAACGGAUCUUUACGAAAUAAGCAAGGGAGUACCUCACGACCGAAUACGAUGGCAGCAUCGAACGAUUCUCAAUCCCAAAGAUUAUCUCAGGAAUUAAGAGCCUCGGCAAAUACAGCUGAGAAUUCUUUAAGGCAGUUGCUAGUGGGAGUCGAUAAUUUAAGAAUGAUCGCCGCUACUCUCGAAAAUAUGAACCGAAUCGAAGAAAGAACUGAAAGCUUCUCCGAUAUAGAGGACGACGCUGGACCUGCGCUGUAAAAUUUUUAUACAUUUUUUGUAUAUGAAAAAAUUGUAAAUAUGUUAGUGCGCGAGUUGGUUUUAUAAUUUUUAGGUUGUGUAUAUGUGAUUGUUUAAUGUAAGCGAAACCCCGGUUUAUUUCUUUUUAGUGUAUUUAAUGCUUUUACCCAAGUCAUCACGAAGAUUAUUUAUUUUAUGUUCAACAUUUUCAAACUAAGUUAACUAAGUUGUGAUCUGCCAUAGCUGUGUUACGAACCCAGACAUCUAAGCACUGAAAUUAUAUAUUAUAAAAAUGA